AGCUUUUUUAUUAUUUUUAUUUUUUUAUUUUGCAAGAAGAGAGAAAAAACAUUAGCCUUCAUGUCCUCUAUAGCUCUGCAGCCUGUGUAGCGGCCAGCCCUCCACCCCUCUGUCAUUUUAUUUUUAUGUUUUUCAGCGUCACAUCCCGCUGGCUGCAGGAAUGUAGAGACGGAGCGCUUUAAAAAUAGCAUCCUCUCCUCUGACAGCGCUGCUCUGGAGGCUCCGCAGCACUGUGGUGCGAGAAGCAGGAAUGCGAAGAUGGCUACAGACCUAGGAGAGCUGCUGGUCCCGUACAUGCCCACGAUCAGGGUGCCCAGGACUGGAGACAGGGUUUUCAAGAGCGAGUGCGCUUUUUCCUUCGACUCUCCUGAGUCAGAGGGAGGCCUGUAUGUGUGUAUGAACACAUUCCUGGGCUUUGGACGAGAACAUGUGGAGAGGCAUUAUCGCAAAACAGGACAGAGUGUUUACAUGCACCUCAAACGACAUGUCAAAGAGAAAGCGACAGGAGCUGCAGGAGGUGCCAUCCCCAGACGAAGAAAUGGAAAAGUGUUUCUAGAUUUAGAGCUUAACCGCGAUUUUAACGGAGAGGACUAUGAAUACGAAGACGAGGCCAAGCUUGUCAUUUUUCCAGACCACUUCGAGAUCCCUUUACCAAAUAUUGAGGAGUUGCCCGCUCUGGUAACCAUCGCCUGUGACGCUGUGCUCAAUGCUCCAUCAGCUUACAAAAAGCAGGAGCCUGAAUCCUGGGAGGAGGAGAUUCAGGUUUCCAGACAUGCCAGGAGCCUCAGACAGCUGGAUAACGGGGUCAGGAUCCCACCCAGUGGCUGGAAGUGUCAGAAGUGUGAGAUGAGAGAAAACCUGUGGCUGAACCUGACGGAUGGAGCAGUGCUCUGUGGGAAGUGGUUCUUUGAUGGGAGCGGAGGCAAUGGCCACGCUCUGGAGCACUACAGAGCGACCAACUACCCCCUGGCUGUCAAACUGGACACCAUCACUCCAGAUGGAGCAGAUGUCUACUCAUUUGAGGAGGAGGAAGCUGUGUUGGACCCCCACAUAUCAGACCACUUGUCACACUUUGGAAUAGACAUGCUACAGAUGCAGAAAAGAACAGAGAAUGGUCACCACACAGACAAUAACCCCCGGCCACGGGUCAGUGAAUGGGAGGUGAUCCAGGAGUCGGGAAUGAAGCUGAAGGCGGUGUUUGGUUCUGGUUACACGGGCAUCAAAAACCUGGGCAACAGCUGCUACAUCAGCACAGUGCUUCAGGUCCUCUUCAGCAUCCCAGAUUUCCAGAGGAUGUAUGUGGGUAACCUUCAGAGGAUAUUUGACUAUUCACCUCUUGACCCCAGCCAGGACUUCGCCACACAAAUGGCUAAACUGGGACACGGACUGCUCUCAGGCCAGUACGCCAAACCACCCAUGAAAUCUGAGCUCAUUGAACAGGUGAUGAAAGAAGAAUACAAGGUAUUAAACUGGCACCAGCAGAAGGGCGUCUCUCCCCGGAUGUUAAAGUCCCUGGUCAGCCAGGGACACCCCGAGUUUUCCUCCAACAGACAACAAGAUGCCCAUGAGUUCCUCCUGCACAUGAUCAACCAGGUGGAGAGGAACAGCGCUGGAUCAGAGAAUCCAAGCGACGCCUUCCGCUUCCUGGUGGAGGAGCGGAUUCAGUGCUGCCAGUCACGUCGGGUUCGUUACACUCAGCGGGUGGAUUACUGCAUCCAGCUGCCAGCCCCCAUUGAGGCGGCCACCAAUCGAGAGGAGCUUCUGGCAUACGAGGUCAAGCGGAAGGAGGCUGAGGACAACAUGCGGGCUCCACCUGAGCCGGUAAGAGCGCGGAUCCCCUUCACCGCAUGCCUGCAGGCCUUCACGGAGCCUGAAAACGUCCCUGACUUCUGGAGCUCAGCGCUGCAGGCCAAAUCAGCCGGUGUCAAAACUUCCCGUUUCGCCUCCUUCCCAGAGUAUCUGAUUUUGCAGAUCAAGAAAUUCACAUUCGGGGUCGACUGGGUGCCGAAGAAACUAGACUUGGCCAUAGAUGUUCCAGACUUUCUGGAUCUGAGCAGGAUGCGGGCCACAGGGCUGCAGGCAGGUGAAGAGGAGCUGCCCGACCUCAUGCCACCCAUCGUUCUACCUGAAGACACCAGAGAUAACUCCAUGAGCUCCAUAGACUCUCCAGAAAUAGACGAGACGGCAGUAAUGCAACUGGCAGAAAUGGGCUUUCCACUGGAGGCCUGUAGGAAGGCGGUCUACUACACAGGAAACAUGGGCCCAGAGAUGGCCUUCAACUGGAUUAUAGCCCACAUGGAGGAGCCUGACUUUGCAGAACCUCUCACUCUGCCCUCCAUGAUAGAUCCUGGUCCCUCCACCAGUGACAGCCCCAUGGGUGCCACGCCGCUAGGCAACUCGCCCCCUGAGGAGAGCAUCUCCAUCCUCACUUCAAUGGGCUUCCCCCGCGCUCACAGCAUCCAGGCACUCAAAGCCACGAACAACAACCUCGAGCGAGCACUCGACUGGAUCUUCACCCACCCUGAGGAGGAGGAGAGUGACGCCCUUUCAGACAUGGCGGACACGGAGCCCAACGACAACGCUUUCUCCAACGCCAACUCACACAGCGACUCCACGCUGUCCCCAGACAGAGACACGUCGGGCCCACGGAUCAAAGACGGACCAGGACGUUAUGAGCUCUUUGCUUUCAUCAGUCACAUGGGAGCAUCCACAAUGUCUGGACAUUAUGUCUGUCACAUCAAAAAGGAGGGAAGGUGGGUGAUCUACAACGACCACAAAGUGUGUUUGUCAGAAAGGCCUCCAAAAGACUUGGGCUACAUCUACUUUUACCAUCGACUGUCUAGCAGUUAAACUAAAGUUACCGCCCUCUCCCCCACCUCCACCAUGCAACCUUUUAAAGAACCACAGUCGUUCACCCCCGAAGACUGGCAGACAACUUUAAUAACAGCCACAGUGGAAACGAUGGAAAUAACCUCUCAGACCAGCUGCUCGCCUUAACGUGAUGUCAUUCAGUGAGCAACCAGGAACACUGGUCAGAAAGGGAAAGCAAUGUGCUUUUUUGUGCAUUUGUGUUGUGUCAUGCUUGUCAUGUAUAUUUCAGUUUUUAUGUUAAAGAAAAGACAUUUUCUUGACAGUGACGGUACAGAGGGAUGUGUGCAAUUUCCAUUUCUGGAGUACACAAAAUAAUGUCACAUAUCAAAUCUCAUUGUUCCUUCUCUAUGCCUUCAGCUAUUGUGCCAGGAUUUUCAAAGUGGUACAUUUUAUAAAUGUAUAUUAAAAUGGGAGUGCUUCACUGCCAGCCUUGAAAUGCUCUGAAACUGCAACAACAAACAAGAAAUUACUAUGCUGCUGAUGGCUUUUACGUUUUUUACAUUGAAAUGAAGAAUGUUUGUUUUUUUUAAUCCCUGAGAAAUUGAAAGGACACCAAGAAUUAAAAUAAGAGAAACUACCAACAUACUGUAUGCAAGUUUCAGACUGAAGGAGAGCACCAAGAAACUCAUGAAUAGGUGUUAACUUAGUUAAAAAUACAGCGGCUCAAACCUGCCCCAGUUUUACCUGGAGAUGACGUGCAAGAUUGUCCCUUU